AUGUCCGCUCCUGAAGUCGAUAGCGCCACCGCCCAGAUGGCCAACACCACCCUCAACGAGCCCACCGGCACUGCCGAGGGCGCCAGCGUCGGUGCUGGCGGCGACAAGCCCAUCAACGCCUCCGAGAACGAGGCUGUCAUCGCCAGCGCCGCUGAGGGUCGGCGACUCUACAUUGGGAACCUCGCAUACGCGACCACCGAGGGAGAGUUGAAGGAGUUCUUCAAGGACUACUUGGUCGAGUCCACCUCCAUCCCGACCAACCCCCGCACCACCCGCCCCGUCGGCUACGCCUUCGUCGAUCUCUCCACGCCCUCUGAGGCCGAGCGCGCCAUUACCGAGCUCAACGGCAAGGCCAUCCUCGACCGCAAGGUCUCCAUCCAGCUCGCUCGCAAGCCCGAGGCUCACGGUGAGGGCGCCGCCAGCGGUGGUGAGGGCGCCAAUGGCAACGGCAACAACCGUCGCCGCACUUCCACUCGUGGCCGCGGCCGCGGCCGUGGCCGUGGCGGUCGUGCUGCCCGUGGUGGACGCUCUGACGAAGCGGCGCCUUCCAAGGAGGAUGGAGCUACUGAGACUCCGGCCGCUGCUGACCCGGCCGCGAGCGCCCCUACGAAUGUACCUGGCCAAGUUAUUCCCCUGACCGAAACGACAAACGAAGCGCUCACCGCUGAGAAGGGUGCUGAGGGCACAAUCACCGUCAACCCGUCGAAGACCGGAAAGACCCACGUCCAGAGGGAGCGCAAGCAGCGCGGUCCGCCCGAGGAUGGCGUUCCCUCCAAGACCAAGGUCAUGGUCGCCAACCUGCCGUACGACCUGCGGGAGGAGAAGCUUCUCGAGAUCUUCAAGGACUACCAGCCCCAGUCCGCCAAGAUCGCUCUCCGUCCCAUCCCCCGCUUCAUGGUCAAGAAGCUCCAGGCCCGCAACGAGCCCCGCAAGGGCCGUGGUUUCGGUUUCGUCACUCUCGCUUCGGAGGAGCUGCAGCAGAAGGCUUGCACCGAGAUGAACGGCAAGGAAAUUGAGGGCCGCGAGAUCGCCGUCAAGGUCGCCAUCGACAGCCCUGGCAAGGAGGACGAGGCUCCCGAUGCUCCCAUCGAGGGCGCCCCCGCCACCGAGGAGGCCACUCCUUCGACCGCCGAGGGUUCUGCCGAAGCCACCCCCGCUGCCGCCUCCACCUAG